UGGACGUGCCUCACUAUCUCCUUCAACACCAGCUCAGCCUGCUGUCUUUGACGACAGAAGUGACCAGGAUGAAUGAGGCCACAAAUGGGCCGAUCAGAGAGACAGCGGAAGUAGAGCAAUUUGGAGAUAACGUCAGAGAAGCAAGCCUUAGAAGGUCCGGACAUGUGCUGAGGAGAGAUAGUAAAUAUAUUGGAUAAAGGAUGUUGGAGAUAAAGCUGUCCAGCUGGAUAAAAGAAAACGGACGAUCCAUGGACGAAGAGGAGGAGGACGUAAAGAUAGAGCAGGUGGAGGGAUGAGUCUCUCCCCUGUGAGUGGCACAGAAGUGCCAGAAACUGCUAAUGGUGUUGUGAUACCUGUUGUUUCGGAGAAUGGUUCCCACGAUCCUGUCUCAGUUAUAUGCAGAGAGAACAGAGCACCUUGUCCCGAGGACUCGUCAGAAGAUAGUUUCAAUGAGGACAGAGAGAGUCUUGUGGAAAACGAAGGGUUUGAUGGCCAAAUUAACUUCAAAGAUGGAACACCUAGUGUGUCCUCACAAGCCAACUGGGUAAAAGAUCCCUCCUACUGCAAAGACAGAAAUGCAGAUGACUUAAAAUCAGGAUCUACUAUCAAAGACUUUUCCAAGGCUUCCAACACUUGUGAACUUCCUGAUGCAACCUUGCAGUGGAACUUGGCCAAGACCAAAGACUUUUCUCAGCAAAAAGGUUCUAUCGAAAAAGGUUCUACCAGACGGCAGACAGAGACGUUAGAGGGAGAUACCAGCCGGGAGGAGGAAGAUGAGGAGGAGGAGGAGGAUGAGGAGGAGGAUGAGGUGGAAGAUGGAGAAAAAGAGAAACAGGAUGAGGAGGAUGAUGAGAAGAAUGACAAAAAACGGAGAAGUCAUUUUGUAGGGAGAACAAAGCACUAUUCAUCCUCAGCCCCUGGUCCAAGCACCACCUCCUCCUCCUCUUCUUCUCCUCCACCUCCUCUUCUUCCUUCAGAAGAUGACCCCUGUCCUCCACAUGUCAUGGCCCAAGUCUGGGUUCGGAAUGUGCGGGGGAUGCAAGACAGUAAGAGCUUGGAUGAAAUUAGCCAAGCGUGUGGAGGCAGUUUAGGAGGCCGUGGUGGAGGUAGGACUGGCCAAUCAGAAGGUCGACGAGCUACAAUCUCCUCUGCCCUUGAGUUAGAAGGAACUGUCAGCCAUGAGGGUGAUCUGACCAACUUCAUCACCAAGAACCUUGAGCAGAAAAUAAAGAUGAGCUCCAAGCCCAGCCUGGACUGCAGUGACUCUGACUGCUCAGGGCCUAUCUACAGAAGUCGAGGGCUGUCGCGGAGACCAGCUGACAUUCCACCCAUUGAUCCUGCUGUCCUAUUGGACCUACAAAAACACACCAAAGAAGUGGCACACAGUGUAGAGAUGAUGAUGCGGAGUCUGAAUGGAACGAUUCAGAAUAUGACAGCUUUGAGUGUGGGCUACAUCCAGACCUACAGAGACUCAGUGGACAGCCUUGGAGAGUCUGUGGACAUGAGUAUAAAGGGCAUGUACACACUGAUGGCUCGCUGUGAGGAGUUGGAUCGUUCCAUGCAGCCCAUACACACUCUAGCUGCACAGAUCCGUGACAUUAAGCGUACCCUUGAUGCUCUGGAGGCAAUCUGCAAAUAACCUGCAUGUCUGGUACGCAAAUCCAUCCCUGCUUCGAAGAUCUGUAGUCAAGCUCGUACUGGCGGAUGAUGUCUGUGAGUAACUCCACACUUUUGCAGGCACCGCACAUUGUAGCCAUGAUGGACAUGCUGGGUGAUCAACACUAACAGGACCUCCGCUUGUUCUUUUGUUUGGAACUGACCAAAUGUUGUUGUUGUGAAUGCUCAACAGAAUUGACCCUGAUUUGCGUUUGGGUCUGAGUACCGUUCGUUUGUAAAAGCAGCCUCAGCUCCUCUGCUUAAACCUUGCAUUUUAACACUUUUGGGAGACACUUAGCUGAGUGCCCUGAACACACCCUGAAGAUAAGGAGGUGGUAAACCCUACAGUCUCAUGUUGUAGAAGGAAUUGUGUGGCACCAUCCGUCCAGCCGGCCCCAUUCAGAUUGCACUAACUUCUCACUGUCUACAAACAUUUAAAUGUUCUCCAAAGACUUUGGCGGAGGAACCCAAAGUCUGCAUCUUUACAUCUGUAAGUUUGCCAUUUUAUUCAAUGUUUUGUUUUGUUCAAGAUGUGCUUAUGCUUAUUUGAGUCAUAUGUUCCUCUGAUAAAGUUUUUAACUUCAUUUUUGCUUCAAUAUUUUUUUCCCUAAUAGUAAUUUUUCUUUCCCCCUCUAAGUUUCUCUUAGGCUCAACGAUGAUCUUGUUGACAGUGUGCAGGAUUUCGGGGCUUGAUAUUUUUCACCUCAACAUUCCUAAAUAAAUAUGUAGUACAUCAUACUGUAUGUAUGAUAGCUGUCCAUUUUUAGUAAAAAAAAAAAACACCCCAAAACAAAGUUAUUUCGAUUUUAUUCAGUGGAUCAACAAAAACAAUGCAAUCCAGCCUCCACAGACAACACAAGUGAUGGGACAUUGAUAAAAGAAUCAAGUUCUCACAACAGAAAGUGAAUAUAAAAUAAUUUACCCAUAUGUUACACAGUAAUAUAUAAUAAUAUGACCUACCUGUUGUCAUGGUCUCUGCAGAAACUUGCAUUGUUUGGGCUAAACCCCAGUGUUCUCUGCCUAUGUCACUGAGCACUGUCAACUCAUCAUCUGAAAUAUUCAGUUCAUUAUUUGGUAAACUAUUAACUCUUCAAUUUCUUUUCCAGCAAAACACAUUCAUUUUGUAUUACAAUAUCAACUAUUAUGUGUUUUGCCUUAAUUCAGAAACCUAAUUAAAGUGAGUUUUUAGGUGUUUUUGACUUAUUAGUUAUAUAUAAUAAUAAUAAUUCAUAAAGUCUUUUCUGGAUUAAUGCAGUAAAUAUUAUAAAUGUAUUACAACCAAAGCCUUGCCUCUGUUUGCAUUGAGUUUAAAUGUAACUUAAAGUAUAAUUUAAUUAUAAUAGAUUAAAAAUCAGAUUAUUUGUUCUUGAAAAAACUGACCUCAAUCUUUUUUUUAAAUAAGAUGAACAGAGGGAUGAAGGCUGGAACAAGGCCAGGCCGCUGUUUAAGCAUUUGUCAUUUAAAAUGGGCCGGAUGUGAGUAUUUACUAUUUAAAAACACUGGGUGAUUGAUCAGUGUGGAGGCCGUGGGUUCAGCACACUGCCACUGAAUGAUGUAGUUAAAUUAUGUAGAGAUUGUGGCACAUGUUUCAUUGCACUGGUGUGGAGCCCUGUAGUAAAUCAAUGUGUUUACAAAGGUUUUGUAUGUGUCACUAUAGCUGAUGACAGGAACUACAGUACUGUAUGUGAUCUGGUUUGAGUCAUGUUUACUGGGGAUGUCUUUUGUCACAUGUCAGACUUACUGUAGACUGUUUCAUCCAUAGAAGUAUGUUUUAUUGAUAUUUAAAUAUUUGUUGACAUUUGUGGCUGGGCCACAUUUUGUCCAAAAUUAAAUGACUAAGUUCUCCUUCAGAAUAGUAUUUUGUUUAAGAACCUAUUACAGCAAAUGUUUGUUUUUGUCAGAUGGCAAAUACUGUAUUUAAUGGAAAUAAAGCCGCACCUCAAUUGUUAA